AAUUAGUCUGCCCUCCGAGUUCGGUGCGUGCAUAAUUUUGCCGGCAUAUAAAGUCGAAGAACCCCGCUACCUAGCAUAUACCCAAAUUCUAGUUAGCCUCAUCUUCCCAGGACUGCUACAAUGUCAUCACCGCCAGGGACUCCACCAGGUCAUAUUCCUGAGGAUGACAGUAGCUACCGAUUCCAUCAGGACGGCACUGCCUGCGAAUGGUGUGAGGCUUAUUUCCCGGGUAGCUAUCAUCCGGUUCACAUCGAGGAUGUCUACCAUGAUCGAUAUCGAGUAAUCCGGAAGCUUGGCUAUGGUUCAUUUUCUACCGUCUGGCUUGCUUUCGACAUGCAUUCAUCUUGCUACAGAGCAUUGAAGAUUCUCACAGCAUCUGCCGACCAACAAGCUGGUUGCUCAACGGAGCUGCUACUGCAUUCCCGUCUCACGGGAAACAAUGCCUACUACCGGCAUAUUGUUUCUUUAAUCGACUCGUUCAAUCACAGUGGUCCCAACGGUAUACACCUAUGUCUCGUCUACGAGGUUAUGGGGCCGAAUGUCAACACCAUGCUGCGUCUAUCUCCCCAGUGCCGAAUCGGAGAAGACUGGGAACGUCGAUUUCCAACACAAUGGACACGACGUAUUUUGCGAGAUGCCCUUCUAGGUUUGCAAUUCCUACAUGGCGAAGGCAUCGUCCAUGGCGAUUUCCAUCUGGGGAAUAUCCUUUUUACGACCAAACUCGCCUGUCCUACACCAGACCAUAUCGAAGGUCUUCUACAGUAUCCUGACGUACAUAAUAUGCUCAGACGAAUAGAUGGAAAAAUAGACCUAUGGGCUCCAAAGUAUCUGCUAGAGCCGAAAUCUCUCUACAACUACACAUCACUAGACCUAGAUCCUUUGGUAAAAGUCAGUGACUUAGGGGGAGCAUAUUUGCAAGGCACGAAGCCGACUGCAAUCGUGAUGCCAGCAUAUUUAAGAGCUCCUGAGGUAGUUUUGGGUGAUCGGCUGGGUAUAGGUGUCGAUAUAUGGAGCUUUGGAUGCCUAGUCUUCGAACUUCUUACCAGUCAUCCGUUAUUCUUCGUUGAGAACUUAAGCGGCGAACGUUAUGAUGAAUUAACCAACGACGAGCAUUUGAUACAGAUCACCGAGACGAUUCAGCCUCUACCCACCUCUUUCUUCAAAAGGUGGCCCAGGGCGCAUAUGUAUUUUGGGCCAAAUGGAGAGCGGCUUGGUAACGACGAUCUCGAACGCAGCUCAGAUGUUGAACCAGCUGGUGAGCUAUUUGGCCCUGAAGAUGCCUUGAGCGAGCUGGAUGAAGGUGGCAUUUCUAAUCCAGGGAUCGAUGCUGAUUCCCAAAGUCAAGUCUCAUUGGCUUCUUCCCGGCGCUUUGACUCUAUCGAAAAACGAUUUAGGGCUGUCAAGCCGGCUGAUAUAGACGAGAGAGAGGAGGAGGAAGUGAUAGGGCUGAUGCGACUGGCUCUGCAUCCUGACCCCGCCAAACGAGCCUCAGCGGCUCAGCUUCUUCAGCAGCCAUGGUUCCAACAAUGAUAGGAAUAGAAUGUUUGCCAUAGGCUUUUGAAAAUUCUAGAACUAUUAUAGCCUCUUUUUAUUUCUUGAUCUUGACUAGUUUCACAUUAAGACUGUGGGUAGGCAUAGGUAGUAAGGGACGUACUGGUAGCCAGAGAGGAGAGGUUAUAUGAAAUACCCCUUAGCUGAAAACCCC